GGAAAACCUGACGUCGAGCGGUUGGCCGGAUCAUUUGCCCCUUUGCGCGUCGAAAGAAAGUUUCGGAUUCGAAAUUUUUGGAAAAAUAGAACUCACGCGUCUGGUGUGACAGGUGCAUCUUGGCAUAUAUACGAUAUAUUAUCGUCUUUGUGGGUGAUGUCUCUGGUUCUCCAAGCGAACGGACUGCACUUCUCCGCUGCCAUUAGUGUCAACGCCGAUGUCAGCUGGCUGCGGUUGUCGGCGGCGUCGUGUUAAUGCUUUUAAUUACAUGCAAAACAUAAAAAAGUAUUUCGUUAAGUGUUGCCGUGAAGUUUGACAUCGGAAAUUAAUGCACUUGCCACCGCAGGCAUUUCGCGGGGGCCAACGCACCAGUUCCACAUUCCCGAUCUAUAUUCCCCGCCGAUCUUGAGUUUCCGCCACUGGUAAGUGCCACUUGAGAGCGCGGACGACAACCGCAAAGCUCCACUGAUUGAUUUGUUUAAUGCGCCCGGAUCCGGCGAUAGCGGAGUAUCCGUGAAUCCCUUGGACAACUUAAUUUCAUUAGCGCGUAUUUAAGUGUGAGCAUAAACUUGCCGGGCGGGCAAUUACAUCGGAUUUGGCCAGGACACCCUCUCGUAACUCACUUAAUUGAACAGCGGGCGGUGGCGGCAACAGCCAGCCCAUCCCAAAAUCCGUUCCCCGAGCCCCGAGGAUGUUGUCCCUGUGAUUUCCAUUGCGAGACUUACGCUCCCAGUGCCGCAGGACGAGGACGACGAGGACACAGAGGACAUUGCUGAGGGGCAGCCACGGCGUCGCUGUGGCCAGGACUGGGCAGCUUCCAAGGCUGACCAGCAUUUGCGUAGGCCCGAGGAUCUGCCUGUGGCUCCUGCUCCUGGCUCUGCUUCUGCUCCAGACCCAAGAUGCACUACCCGCAGCAGCAGCAGCAGCAGCAACAUCUAGCGCAACAGCAGCCACGUCGCCGCAGCAGGCUGGGGUAUCCCGUGGCUCUCCUAGUGGCGGCCAUGGCCCACACCACACACCUCAUCGUUUUCCAGCCGCAGGACUUGACCACCAGGACAACUCCACCGCAGCAGCCGCAACAGCAGCAACAACAUCUGAUGCUGAAGCCACAGAACCAACAGCAGCCGCAGCCACUUCAACAUCAAGCUCCAAGGACGAUGGCGAUGCUGAGCAGAUGCUGCCACAGAUUCCAUCGUAUAUCCGCACAACCGCCAUGUUCUUCUGCAUAGUCAUCAUGCUGCUGGGUGUGGUGGGCAAUGUGAUGGUGCCCAUCGUGAUUGUGAAGACGAAGGAUAUGCGCAACUCGACAAACAUCUUCCUAACCAACCUGAGCAUUGCGGACCUGCUGGUGCUGCUCGUCUGCACGCCCACCGUCCUCGUGGAGGUCAACACUCGCCCGGAGACCUGGGUACUUGGCCACGAGAUGUGCAAGGCUGUGCCGUUCGUGGAGCUCACGGUGGCCCACGCCAGUGUGCUGACCAUCUUGGCCAUCUCGUUCGAGCGCUAUUACGCAAUCUGCGAGCCAUUAAAGGCCGGCUACGUCUGCACCAAGGGGCGGGCCAUCCUCAUCUGCGUCCUGGCCUGGGGCAUUGCUGCGCUCUUUACGAGCCCCAUUCUGUGGGUGGCCGAGUACAAGCUGGCCGAGUACAUUGAUGGAUCGUCGGUGGCCGUGUGCCUGACCCAGGCCAUCAGCGACUGGACGCUGGCCUUCUUCCUGAUGACCAUCUCGGUGUUCUUCGUGGUGCCGUUCGUGACCCUGGUGGUGCUGUACGGCAUCAUCGCCCGGAAUCUGGUCUCCAACAGGGCGGCCAUGCUGCGCGCCCGUCCCACGAAGCCGGAGCUUAGUCUGAAGGCCCGCAAGCAGGUGGUCCUAAUGCUCGGCGCCGUUGUGCUGUCCUUCUUCGUCUGCCUGCUGCCCUUCCGCGUCCUCACCCUGUGGAUCAUCCUCAGCACGGACCAAACACUGCACGAUCUGGGAUUGGUGCGCUACUACAGCUUGCUGUACUUCUGUAGGAUCAUGUUGUACCUCAACUCGGCCAUGAAUCCGAUUCUUUACAACCUGAUGUCGACCAAGUUUCGAAGGGGUUUCAAGCGGCUUUGUCAGGACGCAGGGCGAUUACUGCUGGAAUUGGUGACAUUGGGAAGAAGGAAGGAAGACUCUUCUCGCGGGCGCAGAGGUACCUUGUCACUGGGCAUGGGCACCAAUACGAACACGAAUACCAACUCCUCAAAUGCCACAGGAGCCACGAGCUCCAGCAUUCUCUCGAGAAGCUCCAAUCGCAGGUGCAGCGAGGAUAUCAGUCGCACCCGCCUUAAGAUCGAGAUGCAGAUGCCAUGUGGCAGCGACCUGGAGGCCAUGGCCAUGCUGCAGCAUUCCACCUUGGGCAAGGGAAUUGCCAGGCGAGUGAGUGAUAGCCGUCUCAUGCCUCUGAGAAAUCAUCAACCACGACGCCACAAGCCGCAAAUAAGUUUCGACGAGGAGUCACUGGAGGAGAAUAAGCGUAGUGAAGCGAAAAUCCCAACAAAAUGUCGAGAAAAGCUUCCUGGAAUAGCAAGAGAAAUAGUAAAUCUGACCGAAAAUACCCUCUAAGCGAGAUGGGCGUGAAAAAUCGCCUUUAACCCGUUUACACACUCGCUUCACUUGGCUGGAAUGUGCCGAUGACGCUGAUCCCGAUCCCGAUUCCUAUUCCCGCUCCUGGUAAACACAAAUCGCUUCCUGAACGCUUUUGGCAGCCAUAAUCGAUUUCAGUCACCCGCUGACAGCUGCCGAGAAUCCCGAAUCGUAGUUGGGCUGCCGCCUUGGACAUUUCCGUACCAAAAACAAUCAAUUUUUCGGGCUAUUAAACUCGAAUGAAUGUGCCAAAGAUAAAUAACAGCAACGACAGCCGAACAGCACUAAAACUACCACUACUGGUCAGGGUUAGGAGUCCAGAUAUCGACUGGCAGUAAGGGGUAAGCCAUUAGGUGGCCUUCGAGGAGCGGAGCUGGCAAAUGGAAAUGGCUUAAUAUGCGUUUGGGCGAACCAUCAGGUCGGCGGAUAAACAUGAUUUAGGUGUAUUGAAAUAGUUUCCGUACGCCGGACCGUACAAAAUGGCCGCCAUUACACGGGCGGCCAUCACCGGAAGUCGAAAAAACUGUUGCCUACUUGCCGGCAGCUCAAAUAAAAAGCUUAGCUCAAUAUGCACACAAUGUCCACAUGUAAACACAGCUGUACAUACACAUACAUACCCCCACACGCACACAUAGCCAAAUAUUAAUAUUUAUAUUUGUACGAACAUAUUUAUAUACACAUAUUUACAUAUAUAUAGUCUGCUUAUAAAUAUGUACAAGGAACCACACGCACACACUCACACACACACGAGAGUUUGUAAGUAAAUAAAUUUUUUAUGACAACUCA